AUUCACAUCUAUGUACUUGUAAACGCGAAUGUCAGGAUCGUUCUACGGGGAAAAGUCAAUAGUCUGCCUGAGCAUGGUAAAGGUGCCUUCAGAAGCCAGUUGAACUUGAAAUGUCAACGGAAACAUUGCAUAUAGUUGGCGAUAACGUGGAUUUCCCUGGACCAGAUCGAGUGCUAAGAACUAAGGACACGUGGACCUCAGACUUGGACGGAGCGGUUCAACUCCGAUUGGAGAUCCAACCCGAGAAUCCCGGGAUCAAAUGGAAGCCCGUUUCCAUUCCGUCUAUGGUUCGAAAAUGCUGCGAAGAGAGAGAAAAUCAUCCAGCUCUCUUUGUCAAACGAGAUGACGGUCGGGUGCGACGAUGGACUUACUAUCAAUAUUUUGUGGAUAUUAAACGUGCUGCCAAAGGUUUCAUUAAACUAGUGGACGUCUUUGAUGAAACUAGGCGAAGAUGAAGACAACUCCGAGAUGUUUAACCGCUUAGGUCAAAUGGCUAUUAACCAAUGUGCAGUCCUCAUUUACACUUCCGGAACAACAGGCAAGCCCAAGGGCGUCAUGCUCUCUCACGACAACAUUGUCUACACCACUCAAACCUUAAUGUCGAUGUUUGAAAUCAAGAAGAGAGCUGAGGUCUUGGUCAGCUACCUUCCUCUCAAUCACAUCGCCGCUCAACUCCUCGAUGUCUGGAUGGCUCUUUUCGCUCAAGCCACUGUCCAUUUUGGUGAUCAAUAUGCUUUAAAAGGUAGUUUGCUCACCACCCUGAGAGAUGCUAAACCGACACGGUUCUUUGGUGUUCCUCGGGUUUGGGAAAAAAUCAUGGAAGCCAUUGCUGAUCAAGAAACGCACCAAUCUACCGGAUUCCGCAAGCGAUUGUCUCACUUUUUUAAGGAGGCAGGGAUUCGUCAUUACUUGAGAGGCGGUCGAGAUCUUUUCUAUUUCAUGGGUGAUAGCCUUAUGUAUCGGAAAGUUAAGGUUGCCUUGGGCUUGGACCAAUGUCAUACCGCAAUCUGCGGAGCCGCUCCUUUGGGCAACGAUGUGGGUCGGUUCUUCUUAGGCUUGGACGUAAACAUCUUAGAUUGCUAUGGAAUGAGUGAAACUACGGGCAUGAUCUCUUUAAGUACCGAUUACGAGUACUCCUUUGGGAGCGUUGGAACACCCGCCCCGGGAACUUUGGUCAAGCUGUCAGGCCUUGAUCACCAAGGUCACGGGGAGAUUUGCAUUUGGGGACGCAAUGUGAUGAUGGGGUAUCUAAAUCAGCCCGAGAAAACCAAGGAGAUUCUAACUGAAGAAGGAUUCAUUCGAACUGGCGACAUUGCUUAUCAAGACAUGUCUGGGUUCUUGUACAUGUCUGGUCGCAUCAAAGAUAUUAUCAUCACGGCGGGUGGCGAGAACGUGGCCCCAUCACCCAUAGAAGAUGAGAUCAAAAGCCUUUUGCCAUGCGUGUCUCAUGUGGUGGUGAUUGGAGACAAACGAAAGUACCUGAUAGCCUUUUUGACCUUGAAAACCCUUGCGGAUCCGGAUGACCCGGACAUCACCUAUUCGAACGAUUUGAGCCGAGUGAGUGUAGAAUGGUGCCAAAAAGUGGGCAGUAAAGCCAAAACCCUUGGAGAGAUCCUUAAGUAUAAAGAUGCAAGCGUAUUUCGAGCCAUUCAAGAUGCCAUGGAUGUGGUGAAUACAGAUGCCGUAUCAAAUGCUACCAAAGUUCAAAAGUGGACCAUUUU